AAUAAUUGACAAUCUUGCAUCACAAACAUAUACUUAUCACAAAUCUUGCAUUGAAAAGUUAGAAGACUUAUUUUAUUUUAUUUUAGCACCGCUGACGAACGGUUUUAAGCAGAGUGUAUUAUUUUUACUACAAUGCAACCUCAAAACGAGCUUACGCGGAAUGCUAUUUACCGCGCGCGUAAAGAGGAGCUGGAUUACUUCCAGAGGGCCUUGGACACACAAUGGCUAAACGAUCGAAUGGCCAACGGCCGCAUGGGUCGUUGCCUAGCCGUCCUAGAGAAAGAAGCUCAGAUGGAGAAGGAAUUCCAAGAGAGAACUGACCAUGCCGCAUUAGUCAAUGCUCAAGCUAAAAAAGAAGCAGACCUUGCUAAUGAAGUGGCUAAAGUGCGUCAUGAAGAAGCUACAGAACUGCAGCGUCGCCACUACCUCCGUGAGCGAGAUCCAGAGCUGCGGAUGCUGAUAAAGAAACUCCAAGCUGGUUAUGUGUGCCGAGAUGUGCGGCAACAGAUACUGCAUAAUGAAUAUAGGAGGAUGCAGGAAAAGGCUGAAGAAGAAAGAGCCAAUUCCACCCUCUUAGCUGCGAUUGGCGAUGACCAGGAGGCCAAAAAGAGGGUGCAGCAGAAGAUGCAGCAGACUGCGGCAUAUCGCCAGGAGCUGCAGCAGCAGUUGGUGAACAGGCAGACGCAGAGACAGUGUCAGUAUGAAGACGCGCUCAUAGAGCAGAAGAUGCUUGAUGACGUCAUGAGGACCAUUUCUGAUGAGGACCAGAGGGAGUUGAAACAAAAGCGAGAUCUCAUGGAGAAGACGCAACGCGAGAUGGUGACGUUCAGGCAAGCUCGCAAAGCGUGGCAAGCCAAGCAACGUGAGCUCGCUAUAAAGGAGGAGUUGGAAAUUGAAAGACAAAAUCAGGCCGCCUCCGAUCGCAGUGCUGGCAUCCGCGCAGAAAAAGAACGCCGCGAGAGAAUCAGAGAGGAAAUAAACGCAAAAAUAUGUGCUCAAAUAAUGGCGGACGAGGCGGAGCGUCAAGAUCGCGACAACAUAAUCAAAGAGCUGGUAGAGCACGAAGCAGAAGAGAAACAUAUCCAGGACGACCUGGCGGCGGAACGCAAGCAGGAGUACGUGAGGACCAGCACCAUGACGGACCUCACGACGCAGAUGGACCUUAAGAAGAAGGAGAUAGAGUUGGAGAAGCAGAGGCAGAUCGAGUUUAGGAAGGAGUCAGAAGCCAAGCUAGCGGCUCAGGACGCGAAAGAACAUGAAAAAGAACGUAUAAAGAAAGAGAAGGCGCGUCAGUACGCGAGAGACCUGAAACAGCAGAUAGAGGACAACGCGAGAAGGAGGGAGAGCGACCGACGUCUCGAGGACGCGAGGGCCAAGGCUGUCUUUGACUAUUACAAGGAUUGGAAAGCAGAAGUAUCGAAGGAGCGCGCUAGUAUCGUGGCGGAGCACGUGCCGCCCAUCCUCGGCUACAUCCAGCCGGGCGUGCUGGGCGCGGCCGACCUGCCGGCCGUGCGCGCCGGCGCCGGCGCCGCGCUCGACAUCCCCCUGGCGGCCGACAGCGGCCUCCACAGACAUCCCAAGUGCAACGCGCAGUGCAGGGUGAUCAGGGAGUAUUAGAUCCAUAUACUAGGAAUCCUCUAGACGGAGUUUAGAGCAAUUCAUGAAACCGUUGCUGCCAAAAAUACGGGGGUG